AUGGCGCCGCACAACAUUGUCGACGAAGGACCGACGGACCUUUCCCAGCAGGCUGACGGCAUCUCGGCGCUUCCUCCGCCACCGCCGCCCAUGUCUGCAAGGCCGCCGAGGAUUCUAAUCAUCGGGGCCGGGUCGCGGGGACGUACGUAUGCCAGGGCGGCGAUAUCAUCAAGCAAUGGAGUGGUGGUUGCCGUUGCAGAGCCCAAUGAGUAUAAGAGGCAGCAGUUUGGCCAGAACUUCAUCCAUGGCACCGACAAAGCACCCCAGGGCUCGCUAUUUGCCGACUGGAGAGACUUUGUCUCCUGGGAGACGGAGCGCAGGGCGCGCGAGAGCUCUGGCGAAACUGUGCCCGAGGGCGUCGACGCCGCCUUUGUUUGUGUACUCGACGAGAUGCACCACGACGUCGUGGUGGGCUUGGCACCCCUGGGCCUACACAUCAUGUGCGAGAAGCCUUUAGCAACGACAUUGGAUGAUUGCGUCGGCAUGUAUCGGGCGCUCGCACCGCAGCAGAAGGACAAGGUCUUCUCCAUUGGGCAUGUAUUGCGAUACAGCCCACACAACAUCAUGCUGCGGAAACUGCUCCUAGAGGACAAGGCCAUAGGUGACAUCCUGAGCGUAGUACAUACAGAACCGGUUGGCUGGUGGCAUUUCUCGCACAGCUACGUUCGAGGCAACUGGAGAAAGGAAUCAACCACGGCACCAUCCCUCCUGACCAAGAGCUGCCAUGAUAUCGAUAUCAUCUUGUGGCUCCUGUGCUCACCCGCUCCGGGCUCGGAUGCGCCUCCGCACCUGCCUUCGACAGUCUCGUCUUCUGGCUCGCUGCAGUUCUUCAAGAAGAGCAGGAAGCCGAAAGCAGCAGCAAGCGCCACCAACUGCCUUAGCUGUCCUAUUGAAAAGGACUGCAUGUACUCUAGCAAGAGGAUUUAUGUCGGUCCCAAGCAUCAAGGUCUCGAGACUGGUAAUACGCACUGGCCGGUCAGCAUCGUGUUGCCAGACAUCGAGAGCUUUGAUGAAAGCGAGAGACAUCAGGUAUUGAUGUCAAAGCUAGCAGAAGACUACACGGAUUCAACACCACAGUCAGAGAUUGACAAGCAGAACUGGUUUGGGAGAUGUGUAUUUGAGUCGGAUAACGAUGUCUGCGACGAACAAGUUGUCACCAUGACUUGGGACGACGAACCACUAGGUUCGAGCGCCACCGAUGCCGGGUCGAAUCCCCCUGGCGGUCGGGGAUCCAAGCAGGCAACCUUUCACAUGAUAGCACAGACAAAGAAGCAGUGCGACCGCUAUUCGUACAUUUACGGAACAGAAGGCGAAAUAUAUGCCGACUCCAAGACUAUCACGAUUGAGGAUUUCCGGACGGGAGAGACAAGAACCUUCAAGCCACGACUGGAAAGUUUGGGCCACGGGGGUGGCGACGUGGGCCUGACCAGACAAUUCAUCCUCGCCGUCGAUCACGUAAAGAACCACGGUUGGACAGCAGAGGAUGCACAAGCAAAAUUCAUUGGAUGCACCCUCGAGGAAGUCAUACGCAGCCACGCGCUAGUCUUUGCGGCUGAGGAGGCCCGGACUGGUAAGAAGGUUUUGGAGUGGAAGGAAUGGUGGCAUCGUAAAGUUGGCCACAUUUCUACGGCUUGA